CGCCAUCCGACGUCCAACUCAGCACUUUGUGGGGUGCGCAUCCUCCAUCCUUCCUCGUAACCCCCUGUCGUUUUUUUCCUCUCCUCACUCCUCCUCUUCCCUCCUUGCAGCAUGGCACCGCCGAAGAUAACCAGCCGCGCCGAGCCCACUGUCGUCACAAAUGGCCUACCAACAGCUCCAAUCCGGAUGUCUCGACUGCCCUCUAGCCUUCGCAUCCUGAUACUCGUGGUCUUGAGCUUGGGCAUAAGGUCUACGGUCUUGUCCGCCGCGACAAACUUCCUGGGCGAGGAACUGGGGAAGAUCAGCCGGAAGGAGGCUGACAUCUACCAUGUGGCUGGCUUUCUCACUUAUAAGAUCCUCGUGCUCUUGGUUGGCUGGUUCCUACACUACGACUUCCUCGACAUCUCCAGCCUUACCCUUGUAGCCAACGCUCCGCUCGCCUAUCUCCUUACCACCUACUACCAAAUCUCAACCCUCACCAUUAGCGCUAAUGUGGUCGCCGAGAUCAUCUCCAUUGCGCUUCCAACGUACCUGCUCCGCCCGCGCUCCGACGUCCAUAACCCGAAUGCCCCGCUCCCAAAUCGCUUCCUGUUGAACAGCUUCCAAGUUCAAACAUCGACCGGAAUCAUGUCUGUUGGGGUAUACGUGGCUGUGAUAUGGAUCGCGUUGCAGGCGCAGCAACUGAACGAAUUCUUGGUCUCUCAUUUUGAAAUCCCAACUCUCGAGCUAGCACAUAAGGAAACACCCAUCACCUUGAUCGCUAAGAUGCUGCCUGUAGGUAUCGCCGCGAAAGGCUUCCUGCUCAAUCCUUCAAUUGGCGCCCAGCCGGCCUCCGGAGCCGCUACACCGGUUGUGCCAUUCGACCCCGCGAGUGCCACUCUGCCAGAGACGCUUAGAUAUAAUUUCUGGUUUUGGAGCAAGCGCACGAAGACGCUAGUCCGACAAACAGUAGUUUUAAGUAUCUUCAUCCUGGCGAAUACUAUUCAGAGGACUCUUACGAUUCGUGGAACAGACCCCAGUGGAGCCGUAGGAUACGCGAGCAUCUGGAUAUUGGCGACUAUGAUCUGCGCGGGAUGGUCUUGUUGGGUGGCUGACACUGAAUCAUAAUAGUGGAUAUCACAUGACUUACAAACACCGGAUGACUGGUAAAUGGGCCAUGGCCUGACACACAAUGCGAUACUAAGGGUUGGACGAAGACAUGUUUGGAAGGCCGCUACUUGAGAUAUCAAGUCUUGGUGUUGGCAGCGGCAUUUUCUGGAGUUUCCAUUCCUGUUCACAGGAUAGCACCAUUUUUAGGGGUUCUUCAUCGUGCUGGACAAAGGAUGGAGGUAAUGCAAUGUAUUGAGUAGAUUGUUGGACAGACUAGAUACCACCUUUUUCAUUUGAUGCCUAGGUAGCUUGAGAACACUUGAUUUAGACUACGGGUGAGGGUCAGUUCUUGUUUGAACUCUGAGGUAAACAUAGUGCCCC